AUGUCUUACGGAGGUGGAUACUACGGGCAUAGGCAUGGACAACGAAGAGAAAGAUAUGAAUCAUAUAGACCAGACCGUUCAAAUGCUACUUUUCAGCACGGAUACCAAGAUACUACCUCGCUGCCUUCAGUCAAUGAUCAAAGACAAUUACACACCGAUGAUGAGAAAUACAAUCACCAUCACGAGAGGAACGAUUAUUCUAAACUUCCUCGAGGCCGACUGUCACGAUGGGACUCUACUGAAAACUCGGGUAGAAAUACACCCGCAUCUGAUAGCGCUGAUAGAACCCAGGCAGAGGAUUAUUCUGGCACCGACAUGAGAACGGGUGUCAACCGGAAAGACUUUGAAUAUACUAGACUCGCCCAUCAUAGUGAACUUACAAAACAUUUUGCCUCCCCAAAGAAAUCAGAGAGUGCUAAAAACUAUAAAGUGAUGUAUGACCCCGAGCUAGACCCGAGCCUUUCAAAGAGUGAAAUCAAAGCAAAGUCUAAAAAGGUACGAUUCAAUGGAGAAGGUGUUGUCAUACCGCAGGAUCCACGACUACUGAACUUGAACAAUUAUCUACAAAAGCCUAAUAAAAAGUCAUCCAAAUUUCCCUUCAAGCAGCUACCUCAGGCAAAGUUUAUUUUCGAUCUGGACUCGCUUGGUGAUGCACCACGCACCACUUUGGUAAUUUGGGAUCUACCAAUAAGUGUUAAUGAAACGUAUUUGAGAAACUUUCUUGCUAGCUUUGAGUCAAAAAUUGAAAACCUCAAGACUAUUGACGAUCCGAAGUACGGGGUUCCAUUAGGUGUCGCCACUUUUAGGUAUCAGGGAAGUGUUGAAAAGUCAAAUUUUUUGGCAGAGAAAUUUAUACAAACCGUGAAGCGUAACUCUAUUGAAAUUGAAGGCAAUAUUUUGAAGAUAGCCUUAAAUGAUAACCAGGAUAACCUUUUGAACCUGAAAAUCAAUCUUGCAAGAGGUAAGCUUAUUCAACAACAAAAGAAGAGAGAGGAAGAAGAGGAAAAGCGUAGAUUAUCACAUCUUGAAGAACAGAAAAAGUUGGAAGAGCAGAAACUUGCAGAGGAGCAAAAGAGACAGGAAGAGGAGAGAAAGAAAGAAGAAGCCGAAAAAUUACACAGAAAGGAACUUGGAAUUUCUACACAGGGAAAUGGUGCUUCCAAAUAUAAAUCUAAUACCACUAUUUUGUCCACGAAACAUGGCAACAAAGUUGUGGAGGGCAUUUUCUUGCCAGAUGAUUUAGCAAAGUAUGUGAAAAGUAGACCGUAUCUACUAAUCCAUGAUAAAUACGUUUCUACAAAGACAACAUCAUCACAUGAUAUAAAACGAGUGUUGAAAAAAUAUGACUGGACUCGAGUGUUAUCUGACAAAACGGGGUUUUAUGUUGUUUUCAACUCAUUGAAAGAAUGUGAGAGGUGUUUUCGUAAUGAAGAUUGUCGACGGUUUUUUGAGUUCAGAUUGGUUAUGGAAAUGGCCAUACCUGAAAAUUAUCAGGAAACUGAAAAGGAAAACGAUUUAAGCAACAGUGUUGUAAACGAAGCUGCGAACAUGUUGAUAAAGGAAUUUGAAACCUUUUUGGUCAAAGAUAUCAGAGAAAGAAUAAUAGCGCCACAAAUUUUGAACCUCCUAGAUCAUGAUCAUUACCCCGUGUUGGUUGAAGAACUUAAGGUGAAGGAGAAAGAGCAAGCAUCUAAAUCAAAGCUGAUAGUUUCAAACAUUGACUUGAAACAAAAUGCCAUGACCAUUUUAGAACAACAAAAGAGGGACUUGCAAGAAAAGAUCCCCUAUUUCAAAAAGGCGGAGGAGAGACUCAAGAAUAGUCGAAGAAACAGUAAGCGUCCCAUUAUACCUAUGCUGCAUGCAUUGAAUCUUGAUGAGGAUGAGGAUAAUGAUAAUGAUGAUCUUUUUGAAUCCGCUAGUGGUUCAAUGACACCCUUGGCCGAACCACUCAAACGAGUACGAAGCUCAACUGCGACUAGCAUUGCUGAUGACUCCGAACUCGAUGAACCUGCUGUUAAGAAACAUAAAUCGAAGCUACAAGAAUCAUAUGAAAUCAUUUCUUCUGGAGAUGAACUGGUGGAAGAUGAAGAGGAACCAGAAGUUGGUGCAGGUGAAGAAAGUGAACCUGAGUUACCUGUCGAUAUUGCCGAUUCUAAAUAUGGACCUACCGAGGGUAAACCAACGACUGUGUAUCCUGUCUCCUCGACCUCCACUAUUGCUAACUUGAAGACUCUUCAAGAACAUAUAAUGGAUAUUGAGGACUUAAAUUUGGCGAGCUCGAUUUUAUUUGAUGUCAAGGAAGCGGACAUGCCACAUAUAGACUACUGGGCAUGGGAACAAAACUCUAACGGAACAGCCUCCCUCGAGGUUGAUGAACAUGAAGAUCCAUUGGAGGAAUUACCCUCGAGGCUUGACUCGACUACUGGCUCAUUCAAGAGCGAUGGGUUCAAAAAGAUUCCCGAAAUUGACAAAGUUGAGUACUUACCUCACCGCAAGAAAGCAAAUAAGCCAAUCAAAACCGUUCAGUAUGAAGAGGAUGAUGACGAGAAACCCACAGAUAACAGUAACGUGUUGCAAAGUUCUAGAGUCAAUAGAGCCAACAAUAGAAGGUUUGCCGCGGAUAUUACCGCUCAAAUUGGCUCUGAAUCGGAAGUCAUGUCGUUGAAUGCACUCACCAAGCGUAAAAAGCCCGUCACUUUUGCGAGAUCAACGAUUCACAACUGGGGUCUUUAUGCUAUGGAACCUAUUGCGGCAAAGGAAAUGAUUAUCGAGUAUGUAGGGGAGAGAAUCAGACAACAAGUAGCCGAGCAUCGAGAAAAGAGUUAUUUGCGAACGGGUAUUGGAUCUUCUUAUUUAUUCAGAAUUGAUGAGAAUACAGUUAUUGAUGCAACAAAAAAGGGAGGCAUUGCUCGAUUUAUAAACCAUUGUUGUAAUCCAAGCUGUACGGCUAAAAUCAUUAAAGUGGAGGGUAAAAAGCGAAUUGUCAUUUAUGCUCUCAGAGACAUCGAAGCAAACGAAGAACUUACUUACGAUUAUAAAUUUGAAAGGGAAACUAACGAUGAAGAGCGUAUUCGUUGUUUGUGUGGUGCUCCUGGUUGCAAAGGAUAUCUUAAUUGA